GCAAACUAGCUAUGUUCUAUGGGAUCCAACCUGAUUUCAUUGAUGGCGCACAUAAUACCUUUCUGACACCCGGCGGCAUUGUGUGUCCGCCGGUCCGCCCCCGUUUUCGGUUAUGUUGAGUGUCUCGUGAUAUUUCCGCUUAUGUUAAAAUUUUGUGGUCAGUUACAUUUUAAUGGUCUGAAACCCACGACUCUCUAACGCUCGCCUGAGUGGUUGCCUUUAUUUCUGUUGGAUUUAAAGCUCUUUCAUUCCUCACUGUGAAAUUUAGGGUCAGAGCCUCAACAGAACGCAGCCAUGAGCCUGGCAGCCGAAGAGUUUCACACGGAGGCCGCGCUGGCGAGUGGCAGCUCUCCGUACCGGGACGGCACCAUUGACCUGCUGGCCGGCUCCAUGGGCGGCGUGGCCAGCGUGCUGGUCGGCCAGCCGCUCGAUACCAUCAAGGUGAAGAUGCAGGCAUUCCCCGAGGUGCACACCAACCUAGUCAGCUGCUUUCGCACCACGUUCGCGGGUGACGGGCUGCGUGGCCUGUACGCUGGUACUGUACCCGCGUUGGCCGCCAACGUCGCCGAGAACUCGGUGCUCUUCUGCGCCUACGGCUUUUGCCAGAAGCUGGUGGCGCGGCUGACGCGCACGCCCGACGUGGCUCAGCUCUCGGUGGUCGGCAACGCGUCGGCCGGCUUCGUGGCCGCCUUCUUCUCGUCGUUCACGCUAUGUCCGACCGAGUUGGUAAAGUGUCGGCUGCAGGCGAUGCGGGAGACGCAUGGCCGGCUGGAUGUGGGGCCGUUCGGGCUGACGCGGCGCAUCCUGCGCGCCGAGGGCGUGCCCGGCCUCUUCCGCGGCCUCACCGCCACUAUGGCGCGGGAGAUGCCCGGCUACUUUUUCUUCUUUGGCGGCUAUGAGGCGACGCGCGCCCUGCUGACACCGCCCGGCGCCACCAAGGACGACAUCGGCGCUGCGCGCACAAUUGUGGCCGGCGGCGUCGGCGGCGUGCUGCUCUGGGUCGCCAUAUUCCCGGCCGAUGUAGUCAAAUCGCGCAUCCAGGUAGAGGGUUCCCGCGAGAGUAUGUUGAAGGUGAUGCGUGCCAUCCUGCGCCAGGAGGGCGUUCGCGCGCUGUACAACGGCCUGGGGCCGACUGUUAUCCGAACGUUCCCCGCCACCGGUGCCCUCUUCCUUGCCUACGAGCUUACCAAGAAGAGCCUGCAUGGUCUGUUUGGCUAACGGCGCAGAUAGUUUGUAGCAUGCGCAGAUGGCCGAACGUUUGACUUUGACGGAUACGCGUAGACGGUAAACUCGAGCCGUGUAAGGUAGGGCAUUUGAAGCAUAUGACGGGUCUGCUAAUACUCAAUGCACAGGGUAACAUAUUUACCAGCCAAUGGUUGUUUUACGUAUGUACCUUAGAGUAGUUUUAUCGCUCACUGACAUCAGUGGAAUAUUUUACACGUAACUAGGACCCCUGGUGAUAUUGUGUGCAAUAUGCCAUCUUAGUGUAGCCUGAGUGCUUCUUACAUAUCGCCGUUCUUCCAGCGACAUCAGUCUUCCAGUUGAAACAUGCGAUAGGUCGGCGUUCUGCAAGUGUCAUGGCGUUAAAGCAUGCGCGCCAUUACAUGGUAUUUAAGAAACCUUGUUUAGUGGUUUUGAAUGCGCAAAAUGCCCAGCUUCGAAAGCACUUAGUAGCAUUCAGUCAUCGUCAUGUUCUUCGUAGCUUCCAUGACGCGGAUUGUUGUUUUAUGCACUGCGUUGUUCUGAGACAGUGCGUUGUGGUGUGAACAAAGGCUUCUCUUACUGGGUGACUGCGAAGCGGUUUGUGCUGCGAAGCUCGAUUUGCGUUAGCGCUCAUUUUGCGUUAGUGCAGAACUCAAAUAUAUGAAUGAUACCGGCGUGCUGGUGGGGCAAUACAACAAUGAUGUUCCCA